AUGAGGAAAGACAGCUCUAUCCUAAAACGUCUGCUUCAUGCAGGGGGCCGGAUCAUAGAGGUCAGCGGUUUUCCUGUGGAUGGGAUGGAGCCUGAGCAAGUCAUCCAAGUUCAAGCUCGGUCACACGGCACCAUCAUGUUUAAAGUCAUUCCCAUCACAGAAAGGCCGAUCCACAACCAGACCAUGUUGUAUGUGCGGGCUAUGACCGACUACAGCCCUCAGCAGGACCCGACCAUCUCCUGCGCCGACGCCGGCAUGAGCUUGAGAAGAGGUGACAUCCUGGAGAUGGUGGAUCAGACAGACACCCUGAGGUGGCAGGCAAAGGAACUCCCGAGCAACACGGCAUGUGCCGGCCUCAUUCCCUCCACCAGCCUGCGCAGACGCUCUGAUAUGGCGCUUUUAAAGAUGUCAAGCUUAGACUGCAAGUAA